UCAUAAAGAGAGAGAGAGAGAGAGACACAGAGAGAGAGCCAGAGAUCCGCAGAGCCGGAGCGAUCUUCCCACGACCGAACCGCUACAGGACCUGAGACCAGUGCAUUAGACACGCAACCCCCUGCUGUGGGUUCCCUCUGCUGUCCGGUAACCAGGUCGCCAUGCUGACCGUCUGAUUAGCCGUCUGUGUGCCUGUCUGGAGGAACUGACCGUUAUUCGGUGUACUGGGCCGUUAUUCAGUGGAUGUAUGUCGACGCCUCUCGGUAUGAAAUGUCUGAACUAACAACGAUGAGGAAUCUGCUGCUCGUGUUUCUCCUAACUGUCAUCUGCUUGAGACGCGAGGCGCUCUGCGGUUCUCCCAGUGUUCAGAUCGGAGGGCUGUUCCCACGCGGUGCUGAUCAGGAGUAUAGUGCGUUCCGGAUUGGAAUGGUCCAGUAUGGAACCCAGGACUUCCGCCUCACUCCUCACAUAGACAACCUGGAGGUUGCCAACAGCUUCGCUGUCACCAACUGCUUUUGUUCCCAGUUCUCUAGGGGUGUCUAUGCCAUCUUUGGUUUCUAUGACAAGAAGAGUGUGAACACCAUCACAUCUUUCUGUGAGACCCUCCACGUGUCCUUCAUCACACCGUCCUUCCCUGCUGAUGGACUCAAUCAGUUUGUCCUUCAGAUGAGACCCGACAUCAAGGGACCUCUGGUCAGCUUAGUGGAGUAUUACAAGUGGGACAAGUUCGCCUACCUCUAUGACAGUGACAGGGGUCUGUCCACCCUGCAAGUGAUCCUGGAUACAGCAGCAGAGAGGAAGUGGAUUGUAACAGCCAUCAACGUAGGCAACCUGAAGGAUGAGAGGAAGGACGAGGCGUAUCGCUCCAUGUUCCAAGACCUGGAGAUACGAAAGGAGAGGAGAGUCAUUCUGGACUGUGAACAAGACAAGGUUAAAGACAUCAUGGACCAGGUCAUCACCAUUGGCCGACAUGUUAAAGGAUACCAUUACAUCAUCGCUAACCUGGGCUUCGUUGAUGGUGACCUGUCUAAGAUCCAGUAUGGGGGAGCCAAUGUGUCGGGUUUCCAGAUUGUUGACUUUGAGGAGCCACUCGUCUCCAAGUUCGACCAGAGAUGGGAAGCACUGGAGGAGAAAGAGUACCCUGGUGCUGACAGCAGGAUCAGGUACACAUCAGCUCUGACUUAUGAUGCGGUCCAGGUUAUGACUGAAGCGUUCCGGACACUCACCAAGCAGCGGAUCGAUUUCAGUCGUCGUGGAAAUAACGGGGACUGUCUGGCCAAUCCAGCAGUGCCCUGGUCUCAGGGGAUGGAGAUAGAACGCGCUCUCAAACAGGUGCGUGUGGAUGGGCUGACAGGUAAUAUCCAGUUUGACCAGUAUGGUAAAAGAGUCAACUACUCCGUCAACGUGAUGGAACUGAAGAACACUGGACCAGUUAAGAUUGGCUACUGGAAUGAAGUGGACAAGAUGGUGGUGACUAAACUAGACAUCUUCCCCAACGACACUAAUGGGAUGGAGAACAAGACUGUUAUCGUCACAACUAUCCUGGAAGCCCCAUACGUGAUGCUAAAGAAGAAUGCUGAGUUGUUCCUAGACAACGACCGUUACGAAGGCUACUGCGUCGACCUGGCAGCAGAGAUCGCUAAGCACUGUGGGAUACGCUACCAGCUAAGGAUUGUGGGAGAUGGAAAGUACGGAGCUCGAGACGCUGAAACCAAGAUCUGGAACGGGAUGGUUGGAGAGCUGGUGUACGGGAAAGCAGACAUAGCCGUAGCCCCUCUCACUAUCACCCUGGUCCGAGAGGAGGUGAUCGACUUCUCCAAGCCAUUCAUGUCUCUGGGCAUCUCCAUCAUGAUCAAGAAGCCCCAGAAGUCUAAACCAGGGGUUUUCUCCUUCCUGGACCCGCUGGCCUAUGAGAUCUGGAUGUGUAUAGUGUUUGCCUACAUCGGUGUGAGCGUGGUGCUGUUCCUGGUGAGCCGGUUCAGCCCGUAUGAAUGGCACAUGGAGGAGUAUGAGGAUGGCCAGCUGCCCACCAGCGAGUCCUCUAAUGAGUUUGGGAUCUUUAACUCUCUGUGGUUCUCUCUAGGAGCCUUUAUGCAGCAAGGCUGUGAUAUCUCCCCAAGGUCUCUAUCAGGACGUAUAGUGGGUGGUGUGUGGUGGUUCUUCACUCUAAUCAUCAUCUCGUCCUACACGGCCAACCUGGCUGCCUUCCUCACUGUGGAGAGGAUGGUUUCUCCUAUAGAGGGAGCAGAGGACCUGGCUAAACAGACGGAGAUCGCCUACGGGACCCUGGACUCUGGCUCUACCAAGGAGUUCUUUAGGAGGUCGAAGAUAGCACUGUUUGACAAGAUGUGGCAGUACAUGAAGUCAGCAGAGCCGUCUCCGUUUGUGAAGAAGACAGCGGAGGGGGUGCUGAGAGUCAGGAAGUCCAAGGGGAAGUACGCGUACCUUCUGGAGUCCACCAUGAACGAGUACAUCGAGCAGAGGAAACCCUGCGACACCAUGAAGGUGGGAGGGAACCUGGACUCUAAAGGAUACGGCAUCGCCACGCCAAAAGGCUCCCCAUUAAGAAAUGCAGUGAACCUGGCCGUGUUAAAACUGAAUGAGCAGGGCCUGUUGGACAAACUGAAAAAUAAAUGGUGGUACGACAAGGGAGAGUGUGGCAGCGGAGGAGGAGAAAGCAAGGAGAAGACCAGUGCUCUGAGCCUCAGCAACGUAGCAGGUGUGUUCUAUAUCCUGGUUGGAGGACUGGGUCUGGCCAUGCUGGUGGCCCUGGUGGAGUUCUGCUACAAGUCCCGGGCCGAGGCCAAGAGAAUGAAGAUGACAUUUACAGAUGCCAUGCGGAGUAAGGCCAGGCUGUCCAUCACGGGGUCCUCUGGAGAGAACGGGCGUGUUCUGACCCCUGACUUCUCUCACCCUUCUGACUUUCCCCGCGUCCCCUACCUCCGACCAGGACUACCCAUGAGCCUCAGCAUGACUGACCUCUCCUGACCACUCCCUCACAGUGCCUUACAGCCAAUCAGAUCACAGAGAGCCGCCGGCCAACUCCACAUCAACCCAUCACGUUUUUCAGAGGACUGGACUUCCUUCCCGCCCUCUUCUCUGAUUGGGCAGACAGCUCUGGGCUGGUGAUGUCAUCACUCUUCCCCUCUAAUCUCUCCCGGGAAGUGAAAACAACCAACCACGGCACACCUAUCCAUUUCCAUAGUGACCAGCUCUGAUUCAAGCACACGAGACUUCAGCUGCAUCAGACGCGAUUUUAUAAAGCAAGUUGAUCAACUUCACAGGGGAAAUAAUUAUAUUUUUUAAGUAUUUUCAAAAGCUUCCAUUUAGUAGAGUGAGUCAAUAUGAUCGCCUGUAUACUCCGACUUCACUACCGCUCUGUACAUAGGACUAGUUAUAACAAUAAUAAUAACAAUAAUGUUAUAUUAAUUAUAUGAAUAAUAACUAUAAUAAUGAUGAUAAUAAUGCUUGCUCUGAACCCUAACCCCUGUUUUCACUAGAGACCUAGUUUGACCUCUGAACCCUAACCCCUGUUUUCACUAGAGACCUAGUUUGACCUCUGAACCCUAACCCCUGUUUUCACUAGAGCCCUAGUUUGACCUCUGAACCCUAACCCCUGUUUUCACUAGAGACCUAGUUUUACCUCUGAACCCUAACCCUUGUUUUCACUAGAGACCUAGUUUGACGUCUGAACCCUGACCCCUGUUUUCACUUAAGACCUAGUUUGACCUCUGAACCCUAACCCCUGUUUUCACUAAAAACCUAGUUUGACCCUAAAACAACAGAUGGCACUGAGGCCAGAAACUAAAAAUAGACAUAUAUGGCCCAUGAACAACAGCCAUACUGUAUAUGGCCCAUGAACAACAGACAUACUGUAUAUGGCCCAUGAACAACAGACAUACUGUAUAUGGCCCAUGAACAACAGACAUACUGUAUAUGGCCCAUGAACAACAGACAUACUGUAUAUGGCCCAUGAACAACAGACAUACUGUAUAUGGCUCAUGAACAACAGACUUUGGUCUUUAUAUGGACAAAAGACAGUGCCAUAAUAGAGUACCAAUGCCAAGUACAGGAGAGUGCCAAAAGAGGGACUUGAACCAAUAAACUGGUUCAGCCAAAAGAGGGACUUGAACCAAUAAACUGGUUCAGCCAAAAGAGGGACUUGAACCAAUAAGCUGGUUCAGCCAAAAGAGGGACUUGAACCAAUAAGCUGGUUCAGCCAAAAGAGGAACUUGAACCAAUAAGCUGGUUCAGCCAAAAGAGGGACUUGAACCAAUAACAUGUUCAGCCAAAAGGGGGACUUGAA